GAAUUGCGUAAAAUCAGGCAGUGCAGUCUGGGGUUCUACUGCACAACUCUAAGGGCUGGCGUAACUGGCUAGCUAGCUGAUCACUUGAAAUGGAUGUGUUCUUAAUGAUCCGGCGUCACAAGACCACCAUCUUCACAGAUGCCAAGGAGUCCACCACUGUCUAUGAGCUGAAGCGUAUUGUUGAAGGAAUACUUAAAAGAUCACCUGAAGACCAGCGGCUCUACAAAGAUGAUCAGUUGCUAGAGGACAGCAAAACACUGGGGGACUGUGGAUUUACCAACCAGACCGCCAGACCCCAAGCACCAGCUACAGUUGGUCUGGCCUUCCGUAUAAAUGAUGAGAUGUUUGAGCAGCUGCACGUCGAGGCCUUCUCCAGCCCCCCAGAACUCCCUGAUGUGAUGAAGCCUCAGGACUCCGGUAGCACUGCCAAUGAGCAGGCAGUGCAGUGAUGGCUGCGGGGGGAGAUGAGCAGUGGAAGGAAGGAUGGGAGUGGGCGUGUGUGGAUUAACUGCAGUGACGAAGUAGUGGGAUGGUGGAUAUGUAAUAUAAUUUAAUUUAAUAGAUGGUAACAUUAUAGGUGAUUAAGCCUCUUCAUGUUACCUUCAUGCCAUCAUAUCAGCACUCCCCCUCCCCAGUUUACUUCACAUAUCAUUUUUCGUUAAACUCUGGUUACCACAUGACUUGCUGUCCUGCUUUUUGAAUUUGCUCUGAAGCACCAACUGGCUCAGACUUCUGAGUGAAAAGUUGGUUUGGAAAGUAUGAGUGUGUGUGUGUGUGUAUAAGUGUGUCUUUGAGUUAUUAUAAUAUCAUUAACAUUUUGGAAACGGAGGCAUAAUUGUGUCGGUACUCUAGAAAUAACAUGCAUGGGUAAAGACUUUAGUAUUUGAAUUAGCAAACUGCAUGAACAAUUUAAAAACAAAAGGCUUUAUUUUCACACAAACUGAUCAACCACGGAUUUGUUUACUCGGUCUGAUCUCCACAGUUUUUGUUGUACGUUUCUGAUUUGACUUCCUACUUGGAAAGCAUAUGUUCUAGUUUUUUUUUUUUUUUUUUCCUGUCUAUUUAGUAUGUUUUACUUGUCGGUCCGCUGGUUAUCAUGCACUGAAACCAAAUGCAGGCACCUCUUGGACAGCAGAGGGAUGUCAUCAACAUUAUGCCCUCCCCCCUUUAAAAAAAAAAAAAAAAAAAAAACCUCCCCC